AUGGCAUGGUCGUUGUCGAACAUUCUUGGUAAAAGGAUUGCUGCAUUCCCAGCUGCUAAUUUGACUGCAUCUGGAUCUUUCUACCGGGGCAUACUUCGUUUCUCGACAACUGUGCCCGAUGACCCCGAUACUCAUGAAGAUUUCAGACCCUCCAAUAAGGUUCAGGAAUCUACCUCCUUGAAUGAAAUUGUUGAGAAGGAUGUGAAAGAAAACCCUGUGAUGAUAUACAUGAAAGGGGUGCCAGAACAUCCUCAAUGUGGUUUUAGUGCACUAGCAGUGAGGGUAUUGCAAGAAUAUAAUGUUCCUGUAAGUGCAAGAAAUAUACUAACAAAUGUUGAGCUAAAGAAUGCUGUUAAAUCCUACAGCCUCUGGCCAACAUUUCCUCAAAUAUUUAUCAAAGGGGAGUUUGUGGGAGGAUCUGAUAUCAUUCUUAGCAUGCAUCAGACAGGUGAGUUGAAAGAGAAGCUGAAAGAUCUGUUCUCGUGGGGCCGCGGCGCCUCCGGCCAGCUCGGCGGAGGAAUCGAGGAACUCCGAAUGUACCCGUCGCCCGUCGCCACCCUCUCCGUCCCGCCCUAUUUCUCUCUCUGCCGCGCUACUCCCGGUCGCCUCUCCCAAUUUCCGGUAUCCAAUGAGCCUAAAAUGGAGGUGGGCAUCUCUUGUGGGCUUUUCCAUUCGGGUUUGGUGGUGGACGGGAAUUUGUGGAUUUGGGGCAAAGGGGACGGAGGCCGGCUAGGGUUCGGACAUGAAAACCCAGUUUUUGUGCCCACUCUGAAUCGUAAUAUAGAAUCAGAUGUUGGAAGCAUUGCCCUCGGUGGGCUCCAUUCCGUUGUGCUCGAUGUCGAUGGCCGUGUUUUCACUUGGGGUUAUGGUGGUUUUGGUGCCCUCGGGCAUUCUGUUUAUCACCGUGAGCUGCUUCCUAAAUUGGUCGAAGGAUCUUGGGAGGGAGAAAUAUGUCAUAUUGCUACCAGCGGUACACAUACAGCUGCUAUCACUAAAUCUGGCCAACUUUACAUUUGGGGGCGAGAUGAAGGGGAUGGUAGAUUAGGCCUUGGCCCUGGUCGUGGUCCUGAUUUUGCUGGCGGCAAUAGCACACCUUCUCUUGUAAAAGCACUGCCUGAGCCGAUUGCUGCUGUUUCAUGCGGCGGGUUCUUCACGAUGGCACUUACUGAAGAAGGGCAACUUUGGAACUGGGGUGCCAACUCUAACUAUGAGCUCGGUAGAGGUGACAAAAUUGGUGGGUGGAAACCCCAACCCGUUCCUAGUCUUAAAGGCAUUCGCCUGAUUCAGAUUGCUAGUGGUGGAUAUCAUUCUCUUGCCCUCACAGACAAAGGGGAGGUUCUUUCAUGGGGUCACGGUGGACAUGGUCAAUUAGGUCAUUCUUCACUUUACAGUCGAAAAGUUCCUGAACCCGUUGAAGCCUUAGCUAAUGAGAGGGUCACCUUUAUUGCUUGUGGAGGUUCAUCGUCAGCAGCUAUAACUGAUAAGGGGAAGUUGUACAUGUGGGGUUAUGCAGCUGAUAGUCAGCUAGGAGUCCCUGGUCUUCCUGAGAUUCAGUCAACUCCAGUCGAGGUCAAGUUUCUUAACGAGGAUGAUGGGCUUGGGGACCAUAUUGUAAUUUCUGUUGCUGUGGGUGCUUCUCAUGCAGUGUGCCUCGUCUCACGGUCUGGCCACUAA